GAUAACUGGAAUGGAAAAUGGCUGCUUCAACAACCUUUAGUGUGCAGUGCCAUCUCUCUAAAUGAAUCUUAAAAAUGGAUAUGCUCAAAACACUCAUCAAGGAAAGACGGAGCAAGCAACUGACAGUUGAGAGAGAAGCAAAGUCUAUGCAGUAGUAACAGCCUGGGACCAGGAUAUGCUACAGUAAGAGACCUUCAAGCAAAUUCACCUGAAACAACACCGUGCACAGACAACUGCAAAGUUAAAAAAAAUGCCACUUUUUGGCUGGAUGAAAUGGUCAAAAAAUGAUUCCUACAAAUCCGCAAGAUACCCUGGAUCAGAAGUAGUUACAAAAACCCUACUGAGGGAAUUGAAAUGGCACCUGAAAGAGCGUGAAAGGUUAAUACAAGAGAUUGAAAAUGAACAAAAAGUCCAGAAGACUGGCAUGGAUUAUAACUGGCUGAAGAACCAAAACCCUCAAGCAACCAUUCCAGCAACAGAGCAACGGCAGCUGGAAGUUCUGUGUUCACAAAUCCAGCCUUGCCAAACAGGAACUGUUCUCAGCAGAUUUCGUGAAGUUUUGGCAGAAAAUGAUGUUUUACCUUGGGAAAUAGUCUACAUAUUCAAGCAAGUUUUACAAGAUUUUCUCGCUACCAUUGAGAGACGAAACCAACAAGAUCAACUGGUAGAUGCAUGGAAUACAAAUUGCUCUGAACACUUCAGCCUGCGUGGAGACAGUGCUAACAAAUCGGACAAAGAUGAAAUCCCCACAGUUUCAAGCUAUGUCGACAAAACCACACAAAGCAUGUUCCCCACCUUCUCUCACAGAAUCUGGAACCUACCCUAUUACUACCCUUCAAGUUAAGUUGGUUUGUCUUUCUUUCUAAAAACUAUGUAACUGCAUUCCUUUCUUGUGAUUGCCAUCCAUAAAAAAUAUGAAUAUGUGACAUGCUUUCAUUUUUUCCAAGUAAUUAAAAUCCUUGAUUAUAGCUAGUAUGCAGUAAACAAACUUAAAAUAUGAACUCUCCUUUUAUCUUUAUAGAUCCUUAAAGAUAUUGUAUUUGAAGGUAUCUUUCUGCCAAAAAUCUAGAAAUUUCUGAAAAACAACUCUGCACCAUUUUAUUUUUAGUCAUAUAUAUGUCAAUGUAUUUAAAUAAGAUGGUUUUUCCUAGCAUCAAUCCAUAAGGAUCCAUAAGGUGUUAGGCAAAAACUUCUGUAUUUGUCACAUAGCUUUUAGGCUCUUUAGGAACUUUAUACUGUAUAAGAUAAAUGGUUUAAUAGAAUAUUAGAACAAAUAAACUGGUAAAUACUUUUUUUGGACCUGAAUAGUUAUUUAUCAACUUCAAAAUUAAGUUAUAAAAUGAAAACAAGGUCAGAAGAUAUAACAUGCUGGUUCUGUAUUUCUUUCUGAAUUGUACUCUGCACAUGCUGAAGUAUUGUGAAGGGUGACAACUGUAUGAAAACUUUGGUUAUUUAAUGGUAUUUAACAAAACAGUUCUCUAUUUUUCAAGAAAAUAAUGGACUAUUUUAUUUCCAAUAGUUGUAUUUCUCUAUUUGACUUUUUGGAAACUAUCCUGAACCCCAAACUGUGCAUUAAACUUAAAACCUUUUAAUUACAUCAGACAGUAGUUUUCUAGAAAAGCAGAGAAGUCAACAGCUUGUUUACAAAGCAAGAGGUGGUAAUUUAAAAAACAAACAAACAAACAUGUUUUUCAGUUGCCAUCAUCUAUCACUGAGUUCACAAAAAGUUUUACAGGACCAAUUGGAUACAUAGCAGCUACGGUCAGAGAAGACAAUUAGAGCAGAAAAUCAAUGAAAACAGAUGCCAGAACGCGGUUUGCUACAUUUCCAAUUGGACUCCCAUCACUAUGCAACAU